CGAGCGGCAGGCGGCGCUGUGACUCAGUGCGCACACAGACGAGCGGCGGCAGGAGACACACGUGUUUAGAUCGGUGUGCCGAGUGAUGUUCCAGAGGCAGAUCCUGCACUUCCUGCGGCCCGUCUGCAGAUGUGCUUCACUUCCUGUCACGUCACGCCCCUGCAGCUCCAAACCGUCCAAUCACGACCCUCCUCUGGAGAACGAGUCUCUCCUGGAGAACCUCUCUGUUAUGGGCGUGGACCUCCCCUCGGCCCGCAAGCGGCAGCCGGGUGUCUUGAGGAAACUCCUGACUAACGAACAAGGCCUGGCGCUCUUCCUGAAGAGCAAAGGCGCGGAUCAAGAGACGAUCGCCAGCAUCAUCUCGCGCUUCCCGCGCUCCAUCACCCGCUCCUGCGAGCACCUGGAGGAGCGCUGGAGGCUCUGGAGGAACGUCUUCAAGAGCGACGCCGAGGUGGUGGGGAUCCUCUCGCGCUCGCCCGAGUCCUUCUUCCGCUCCAGCGACAACAAGAACCUGGAGGAGAACAUCGCCUUCCUGAUGACGCUGGGAAUCACCGGCAAAGACCUGCACCGGCUGCUGACCACCGCGCCACGGACCUUCUCCAACAGCGUGGCGCUCAACAGGAACAUGGUGGAGCUCCUGAAGAGCGUCUGCUUGAGUUUCGACGGGAAAGAUCCGGAGCGCUUCGCCCGAACCGUCAUCUCCAGGAACCUGUACGUCUUCAUCCGCAGCACUAACCGGAUCAGAGCCAACGUGGAGUUCCUCUCCAGCUCUCUGAGGCUGAGUAACGCCGAAGCGCUGGGUUUAUUCCAAUCCCACGGCGCGCAGAUCCUCGACGUCUCGCACGAGAGCCUGAAGAAGAACUUCCAGAGCCUGCGGACGAAGCUGGGCUCGCUGGGCUGCGGCGCGGAGGACUUCAAGAGGAUGAUCCUGAACUAUUCGCUGGUGCUGUUCGUCUCGUCCGAGCGUCUGAACGAGAAGCUGGACUGUCUGAUGGACGGCGGGAUCCUCGCGCAGCAGGUCGUGCACAAGCCCAAAGUCCUGGACUUCAGCAUCGGCUGCAUCCGGCAGCGGCUGCAGGACCUCCACGGACUGGGCUACGACUUCCAGAAGAGCGGCAUCGCUGUGUUAGACACCAGCAAGAAACGCUUCCACGCUAAACUCGAGAGACUGAGCUCGGCGGAGAACGAAGACUUCAACACCAACAGAAGUGUCUGAUCUCACUUUCACCUUAAACUCAGAUUUAUGUUCUUUACAUGUUUAUUCCGAGACAAAUACAAUGAAUGAGCUGAAUGAGGAAAAAUGCACUAUGUAUAUUGUUUGUUUGAGAACAUUA